GAGAUAGGCGAGCAUGGACAAGAUGAUUCACUCCCAUGUCCUGACGUUUUCCACGAGUUGGUCAACAGUAUGUACUUAAAAAUAACACAGUAAAGACCACAUCCAAGAAUUAGGCCAAGGAAAAUAUCAGCUAUUAUCUAUAUUCCAGAUCGUUAUACAUAUAAAGCGAAAACAAGAAAUAAAUGCAUGGGUGAACAGGCUGUAAUCCUCAGAAAACAGAUAUAUGAUGCCAUGUAAUGUAUGUAAUGAAAAUUACUAAAUGUAUGCAGAACGCAAACACAGGCAACAGCCAAAUCAUAUUCACAAAACACGCCGUGUAUCCAUGCAGCUCUUCCUAUAAGAUGCACUAUAAAUGAAGGGGAAAAAAACAUUCAGCCUGAUUCAAAAACGAUGGGAAUGUCCGCAGGAUGGAAACAGGAGUUAAUUAUCUUGCAUUGAGCUCUCCAAACUUUAGCAUAACACCAGUAUGUACGUGUUCCCCAGGCACUGGCAGUCUGGAAAACAUAUGUAUUUGUAUGUUUUCGUUUAGUGUCUGUUAUCUGGACGUCCGUGGGUUAACAACUGCUGCACAGAUGUGACUGCACCCAUGUUUGUGACGUGUUUACGUGCAGAAAUCAGUGAAUUGUGUUCCCCCCCCAUCGUGGUCUCGUGGUUUACAACAGCAGAGAAAACUGUGCACACGUGAGAUCAUUCACUUUAACACAGGUACGCCACUGGUCUGUCAGCUACUAGCACUGUUGCUAAUCAGCAUGGCUCAGAUGAACCUAGUGUGUUAGUUCAGACCAGGCUGCACUUUGAACCUGUUCUCUAACUGAACAGGCUCACACAUAUGGAGCAACACCCAGCUAAAUAAUUAUCUGGAAAACUUUAUAUUCAUAUAAACACCUGAAAUAUUACCUGUCAUAUUCAGUGUGGACGUGAGAAGACUCCCUUCAUCUGUUCAGAGACUCCUCAGUCUUGCUGCUGCUGCAGAAACAUGUCCUCAGGCUCUUUGGGCAGACAACUGGUGGCGUGUCUCCUGAAUGUUUCUGAGGCCCGCAGGAAGGACCUGGUGGAGACUGUGGCCAAGGCAGCACUGUACAGCACUGAAGGUGUUAGACGUGAGGGCACCACAGUGCUGAACAUCUUUAAUGACCAUGACUACAACCGCUCUGUCAUCACUAUUGUGGCUUCUAUCAACUCAAUCAGGGAGGUGGUUCUGUCUGCCUGCGAGAAAGCGUGUGGCCUGAUCGACAUGCGCGCUCACAUGGGGGUACACCCAUGUAUGGGUGCCGUCGACCUCAUACCCAUCUACCCCUUGGGGGAUGAGGUGGGAGUGGAGGACUGUGCUAAAGAGGCUCGGGCUGUGGCUCACGGACUGACAGAGAGGGUCCCGGGCACCAGUGCCUUCCUGUUCGGCUGGGCAGACUCCCCCCUGCAGCGGGGACUGGCACAGAGGAGGAAGGAGAUGGGCUGGUUCAAGAAGACGCCAGACCUGCAGGACAUUAGGCCCGACGUGGGCCCACAGCCACAAAAACGAUUCGGCCUCACAGGUGUUGGGGCCAGUCCGUACGUCAUGAACUGCAACGUAACUAUUGACACCCAAGACAUUGCUAUGGGCCGCAGCAUCGCCACCGCCAUCAGGGAGUCGACUGCAGGGGGCCUGCCUGGUGUGCAGGUUUUGGCUUUGCCACAUGAGGGUGCUGUGGAAAUUGCUUGUAAUGUGGAAAGUGUGAAGGGAAACCCGCCCAGUCACCUGACCUCAGGUGGACCGUGGCCGUCUUUCAGUAUUGAUGGUCAGCCAUACUGUCACGCUCCAGCCUCCCUCAUCACAGAGAGGGUCGCUGAGCUGGCAGGGAGGCAGGGGGUCGGCACGAAGGGCACCGCUCUGGUGGGGUUCACCCCCCGUGAGUGCAGGGGCUUAGCAGAGCUUGCGCUGUCUCAAGGGAUUGCAGAGUUCUGGAAAGAACAACGCAGAAUUCGGAUGUAAAAAAAAAAAAAAAAAAAAAAAAGACUUGUCCCCAAAACCUGUGAGACAUUAAAUAUAAGUACACAAUCUCUUCUUCAGUGACCUCCAGAAGUGGCUGGUUAUGAAGCCCCUUUGUAUCAGUGUCAACCUGUCCAUUCUAACACUACACAAAUGGACUGUACAACAGAGGCAGAUCUGCUAUUCAAACUUCAUAGUAAAGCUUGAAUUAGUUAGUCUUCAUGUUUACACAGUAGAAAGCAAAAGUGAGUUCCUCAGGUUUCGAUAACUGUCACUAGUAAAUUUCACAAAUCAUUGCGGACUGUAAGCUGGUUGUAAACUCCAUUUCCAACUAAUUACUUCGUGCUACCAGAUAGUCCUUUCAAAAAAUCCUGGCAAAGAGUUUUAGAUGUGCAUACAAUGACUCAUAUAUUAUGUUGUUACGAUGCUAUUGAGGCAAAAGCUGUAGCCUAUGUUCCAUCCAGAAUUCAGUCAUCCUCAGCAAUUGAUAUUCCAUGUAGAAAACAUGAGAAUAAGGGCGCAGCAUUGCUCUGGUGUUACAGAGUAGGUUUCUAGUAUUAGGAUUAUACAGUAAUUAAGAAAUUAAAACAUGUUCUUAUUGUAGGGGUGGAGUAAUCUCAUAAAGUAUUUUGUCAGAUGCUGUACGUAUUCUGGUUUUGGAAAUAAUGUUACUAGCCAGUUUGCUAGGCAUGCUAAUGGCUAUAGCAUAUAUUUGAGCCAUAGACUGUAUAUAUGCAAUUGUGAACAAAAGUUUACAUACACAUGUAACGACCAUGUGUUUCAUGGCUGUCUUGAGUUUCUAAUGACUCCUACAAAGCCCAUUUUUUAUGAUAGAUUCACUGAAGCUCAUGCAUCUUUGUUUCAAAAACCAGCCAUUAUUUUGCUUCUUUCACAGAUUUAAUAUUGGUCUUCUGGAAAUAUGAUCAAAUCUGCUUGGUAAAAAAAUACACAUACGUCAAUACAAAAAUUUGAACACUUUUGGUCAUUUUUACCUCAAUGAAGCACUUUUGUUUUCUGUCCACAAGUUUCUGCUUGCAUUUUGACCACUCCUCUUGGCAGAAUUGGUACAGUUAAGCUAAAUUUAUUGGCCUUCUGACACAGACUUCUUUUCUUCAUCACAGUGCACAGGUUCUUGAUAGGGUUUAAGUUCAGACAUUAGGGAGGCCAGUCUAAAACCUUAUUCUAGUCUGAUUUAAACAUCUCUUUACCACUUUUGAUGUGUGUUUGGAGUCAUUGUCUUGUUGGAAAACCUAGUCACAUCUGAGAACCAACCUUUGGUCUCAUGAUCUUGUUUUCCUUAAGAAUGUGGAGGUAGUCCUUCAUUAUUCCACUGACAUUGUGUAAAGCACCAGUUCCACUGACAGCAAAACAGCCCCAGAGCAUAAUACCACCACCUCCUUGUUUGAGGAUAUAUUUGGUGUUGUUUCAAUUAAAGGCAUCACCUUCUGUCCUCUAAACAUAUUUCUGGUCAUUGUGGCCAAAUAGCUUCAUUUUUGCUUCACCUGACCACAGGUGAAGCAAAAAUUGUCAGUAUAAUCAGCAGCAAACCUCAGGCAAGGAGGAGCCAUUUCUAAAGGAAAGUCUUGCUUCUUGCAUGGCAGCUUCUUAGCCCAUGGUGAUGUAAAACACACUAAACUGUGGGCACUGACACCUUUGUUCCAGCAGCUUCUAAUUCAUUGCAGACCUGCUUUUUGGUGAUUCUUGAUUGACUCUUGGCCAUCCGGACCAAUUGUCUCUCAGCAGCAGGUGAUAGUUUGUGUUUUCUUCCUGAUCAUUUCAGUGACACAACUGUACUAUGCAUUAAUACUGACAAACAAUGGUUUGCACAGUUGAUUGUGGGAUCUGUAGCCACAUUACAGUUACUCCAAGUGACUUUCCUGACUUGUUAAAGUCAUUGAUUUGCUUUUUCAAAUCUUUGCUGAGCAAGUGUAGUGAUCAUGGCAGAGCCUAAGAAGUGUAUCAAAUUGGACCUAAUUAAAUUGUCUCAGAGAAGUUAGGAGCUGCAGUCAAUUGUCAUCACUCACAAGAAGUUCAGAAAUCGUGGCACAAAGAAACUUUGAAUGACAUAGGUUUUUAUGUCACCGUAACUGAUAAUUCAAGUUGCUUUAUGUAUAUUUUUGACUCAGCAGAUUUAGUCAUAUUUCCAGAAGAUCUAUAAGGCAUUUAUGAAGCUAUAAAUGCAUGGCUGUUUUUGUGACAAAAAUACAUGUGCUUCAGUGAUUUCAUCAUAGAAAAUGGCGUAGUCCUAGAAAUCAAAUCAAGACUGCCAUGAUAUACAUGGUUUUUGAGCAACGUUGCUAACAGACAGACAGACAAACCAAUGCUGGUUGUCACAUAACCCUGCUGCGUUUCUUGGCGGAGUAACAAACAACAUUCUCCAAACCCAAGUUCCAGUCCACAUUCACUGUAUGAUCAUGUGGAACAAUAAGCUUGUUAACAAAGAAGGUUGGCUUAGUUUAGUUUUUAAAUGUUUUCGAAUAAAGGUCAAUUAAUGUUUGCUGCAUCCAUGUGUGCAGAUGGAUGGGCACAUGGUUCCAUUCAUACUAAAACACUGUUUUUUGUUGGUCUGCUAUACAUGCCAAACAGAAAAACACGAGGGGCUUCUGUGGAUGUUUCUGAAUGUUUCCGACUUUGAGUUUUAUGAUGACAAAGAAUUGUCUUGUGCAUCCUAUCCUCAUAGCAAGCAUUUGUUUUCAGCACCAUUUGUUUUUUGUGAAGUCUGUCCACACAAACGUCUGCAUAGAGGUCCAUGGACCCUUGCCAACUUUGGUGAAUGACGAAAUUUACAUCUUGUACUUUUGCAGAAGUGCACGCAGAAAGCAUUAAUUGCCCUUUAUGUUCCCAUUGUUAACAGCAUUGGGAACGUUCUCAGUCCCUGGAAUCUAACAUUGUACGGUUUAAUUGUAUUGUUCAUGCCAUAUUUCCUAACAUCUCCUCUUCAACAGCUAAUAUUAAGUUAAUACAAAAGUAAUUCUAAAAAACACCUUUCAUUUGAAUUUCUGAUGAAUGAUUGCAAUUAUUUUUUUCUUUAUUGAAAAUAAUACAUUAAAUAAAUCAUUUAUCAACUAAAUAUUUCCCUUGGUAUUCUGUUCAUGAGGACAGAUCCAGUUAAACUGUUGUAAAUAUUUCCACAUCCAGUAUAACACACCUGCCUGCACAGCGCCUCCCUAGUGCCACACAUGCAGUAAGAGAGCUUUGGUGUUAUGAAUUCUAAGUUUCUUCUGUAGCCACCCAAGUGCAGAGCCACAAAUCACAACAUAUUGUCCUCUAGAGUGGAGCUUGAGACGGCGCUUUCCUUAUGCAUGCAUGUGUGUGUGACUUCCUGUUUGGAGCAAAUGGGACACUUGUGUUUACUGAUGAGUCUCUGCUCAUGAGUCUUUUCCCAUCGUUUUCCACCAUCAGCCUUACCAAGCAUCACUCUGUGGGAGAGUCACCAUGUGUAUGAGAAGCAGCUAUUUUUAUCACAGCAAAUGGGCUGAUUCUCAGAGAAACAUCCAGCGCCUUGGCAGUGUUUCGAUGAACAUGUCACAACGCGCCAUUUUUUUUUAUAGCUGUUUAACAUUUAGUUCCCUAUGUUUUCUUGUAAGUUCUAUACACAGUGUAAUCCUUAAUUCACAGGAUUAACCAUUUAUGGAGGCCAGUUUGGCCAGGGGACGGGUCAAGAAUUAACUGGGGCGAGAUGAUUCCACUCAUUUCUUACAUAAGGCCAGCAUGAAUAGCAGCACAUUGAUGGAGUAAGACGGUAUAGAUUUGAGUCAUUAGGUUAUCAUGACCUGGACUGUAUAGAUGUGUAUAACGAAGGGAUCAGAGUAAUCCAAAAACACAUUAUAAGCUGAUAUUUAAUUUUAUGCCAUAUGUAAAGGGAGUUUUAGAGCUAAUAACAAUUUAAUCUACAUCCAUAGUGGGUGCUAAUCUGUUAAGCUUUACGCUCUAACUGAGGUAGCGUGAUUCUCAGAAUCGUCCGGUGAAAUUGGUAUCCUUCAGGAUGAGUGUCUGUACUUAUUGUCCUUUCAUUAUAUUGUGCCAUUUUUCAUAUUUCUGCAUGUGACGUUAUGUAAGGUCUCACUUUGAGGCUGGAGCUGUGCAGUUUCCAUCAACGCAUGUUCACUUCUUUGGAUAAGCUCCGUUACUGCGUGAACAUUCACCUCUUUGUAUGCCAUCCAGCUGAGGCUCUUAAACACACAAGUAACGCAGCCGCGCAGCCUCAUUUCAUGUGGUGUACACAACUCUCUCCUCCCCUCCACACACACACACACACACACUCUUUCUCUCCGCUGUCUUUUUCUCUCUUGCGCAUCUAGGCACGCAUGCAUACGCAUUUACUCUAUGGAUGACACACGCACACGCAUGCACUCAGCUUGCCAGGCUUGGGAGCAUCAAGGCCUAAUCUAGGUCACAGCAUAAGCCCAGAGGUAUCCUGGUCCACACACACACACAGACACACAGAGAGAGGCACACACGUUUUUAAAUUUGCAAGAGAAAUCACAUCUAGCAUAUAAAAUCCAUUCUGACUUGACUAAUUUUCACUCCGCUAACAGUGAAAACAUUUUCAUUUUGCCAGACCCCACUUCCCAGAAAAACAAGGACUAUAAAUAAAACUAGUGAUUUUCAUGUUUUCCAAAAAAAAAUCCCCCUUUUUAUCUUUAUCUCCUCCGCCCCCCCCCCUUAUAAAAUCACUGGUUGUGUGACUCAGUCUCUUGUGAUGGUCACACGACUGUCAUUUUCCUUAAUUAAGUGCACUUCCUCCUGCUCAUCACUGAACACAUUAAAGAGGCACUUUGCCACUGAAGCUUGA